ACGGUGGCGUCAGUUUACCGUCAUACGACCCUCCAGAUUCCAAGUGAAGUUCACACAAGCACCGGCCCGUCAGGCGCGCGUGGGAGUGCGCUUGUGGGAAAGUGGGCGCGAGCGUGCCGGAGGCAUUCGCUCGCGCCGCGGCUCAGGAACAAGGAACUUCGACGCUCAACUGCCCAGCAAGACCAAUGAACGUGAAAUUAAUCAUGUUUCUUUCGCCCUAGCUCACGAAACCCCUGGAAUAUUUCUUGAGCUGAUUUCAAAUCAACCCACCCACACCUCACCAUGCUCCUCUACUCCUGCUGUUGACCUUUGAGCUCUGACAGCAAUGGCAGACCGCUCGGUGGCUCCAGGUCAGAUGUACAUAGAGGUGGAGUACGACUAUGAGUACAAAUCCAAAGACCGUGUGAUCAUCAUUAAACAGGGAGAAAGUUACCUGCUUGUGAAGAAGACUAAUGAAGACUGGUGGCAGGUGCGCAAGGACGAGGUCAGUAAGGCCUUCUAUGUCCCAGCGCAGUAUGUGCGGGAGGUGCGACGGGCUCUCAUGCCCCCUCCUAAACCUCUCAGUGCAGCAGGCCGAGGGGGGACUGGACCCAUUCGACCAUCUGGCCUGGAGAUCCAGCGGCCAGAUGAGAGCAAAAAAAGCCUGUGUCCCUCUCCCUCCGGCAAUGCUUUACUGACGCCCAAUGAUGACAGAGGCAGCCCGGGUAGCCCGACGGCACACGUCCCCCCAACACAAAUGAACACUUUACCUGGCUCACUUCCUCGUUCCAGAGCCAAGUCCCCAAGUCGCAAUGUAGAUGGAGAGAAGGAUAAAGAUAAAGAGUUGGAGAAGAGCAGUCGUGGACCGGAAAAAGGUGCAAUUCAUGAAGAGUUUGCCAGAGAGGGAGGUGGCUUGGAUAAGAACCGAAAUGAUUCAGAAUCCGGGGAUGAUCUCAGCAGCGGUUCAACUGAUAACCUACAGACUUUAGGUUCAGGACAGGGCAGGCCUGACUCUCCUGUCUACAUAAACCUGCAGGAGUUGAAGAUCUUUCAGUCCUCCAUCCCUCCACUGCCGUCCUCCUCUCCGUUCCACACCAAUGGCGACUGGGAGACUCACAAAGACCAGAAUGGCAGACACUUCUACUACAACUGCAGCACGCAGGAGAGGACCUGGAAACCCCCAAGGGCACGGGACAGCCUCACCAGGAAAGAGGAAAAACAAGACAUGACUGACACUGAGGUUCUGUCGUCGGAGGAAAACUGUCUGAGCAGCCAAUCAGACAGCCAGUAUGGUUCGCCCCCUAGAGGCUGGUCUGAGGAAAUAGAUGAGCAUGGACACACUCUCUAUGUGUCUGACUAUACUAAUGAGAAGUGGUUGAGACACACAGACGAGCAAGGCCGGCUGUAUUACUACAGCGCAGAUGGCUCCAGAUCUGAGUGGGAGCUUCCUAAAAUUGGUCUCAAAUCACAGUCUAACCACUCACCUCUGCUACCAGGAGAUGCUCACAAAACACGUAGUCUUGACCGGAGACUGCCUGAUUUCAUUCCUAUGAGGCCGAGACACAGCGUAUAUUUACAUGAGUCCAAUGACAAGGACACCAAAACAGGCUCACCUGACUCUGACUCCUCCUGUCCCUCCUCUCCCAAACCCUCAAACGCUUCGUCAGAGAAAUGUGGCAAUUUAAACAUGACUAAAAUCACUGAACAUGGAAAAAAGGUCCGGAAGAACUGGACCUCCUAUUGGACCGUUUUGCAGGGUUCUUCACUACUAUUUAAUAAGGGUCAAGGGGGUGGGACUGGUUGGUUUGGAAGAGAACAGAAGCUGGAGUUCAGUGUGGAACUCAAAGGAGGUUCAGUGGACUGGGCAUCUAAAGACAAAUCGAGCAAGAAACAUGUUCUAGAGCUGAAGACCCGGCAGGGCAUGGAGCUCCUCUUGCAGUCAGAUAACGACAGCCUCAUCAGUGAGUGGCACAAGGCUUUGACUGAAGCCAUACACACAUAUGCAUGGGAGUCUGAUGAGGCCAUUGAAGAAGACAUGCCAGAAAUGCCUGAUUAUAAGCAGAAAGUUCAGGCAGUUAAGGAUUUGAUGAAGCAACUGCCACGGCCUAACCACGACACCAUACAGGCGCUCUUCAAACACCUGAAGAAAGUGAUCCAGCAUGUCGACGAGAAUAGGAUGACCACGCAGAGUGUAGCCAUCGUGUUCGGCCCGACGCUCCUACGCCCAGAGGUGGAGACGGCAAAUAUGGCCAUACACAUGGUCUACCAGAAUCAGAUCGUUGAGCUCAUUCUUAUGGAAUAUGAGAAGAUAUUUGGCAGGUAGGUCACACGCACAGGGACACUUUGACCAAACCCAGCGGGACAGUUACUGCUGAAGACUGAACAACCCAUUGACUGCCAGUCUGAACACUGUUUUGAUAUGUUUACAUGAGAGGAACACCUGCAUUAAAAACAAAAAACACCACUCUGGCUUCAAGAUAAACAGUCAAAUCCUUUCUCAUAUCUUUAUUGGACUAAAUAAUUGUUAUUUUUUUGACUGGAUGUCAUAUUUUUAUAUAUACCUAAAUCCAUUGGACUGUCAUUUUUGGACCAUUUGGAGCAACGAGGGCUUGAAAUAUGAACGUUUUCUGUCCGACUGAAAACCGUGGGAGAAAUCUGAUGCUUCAUUUUAGAUUUCCGUUCACUACAAGUACUACGUUUUGCAUCACAUCUUUCUGUGGUAAUACUGUAAUAUGGUUUGGAACAACACAUCAACUGAUGGACUGAUAUGAUAGACUUGGAUUUUAUUCUAUACUAAAAACUCAUUUUUACGGGAAUGGAUUGCAUUCUGUUCUGGGCUCCCGGAAGUGACCCCUGAGAUGACCACUGCUGGGAAACACUGGAAUUAUUGUCUAGACUCUCAAGAUUCGGACACACAAUCUUUUGUUUGAGUCUCGGCCACGAUUUCCUGAUUAUUGAUCCAACAUCAAAGGAUGUACAAACUCUUGAGCUAUGAAAAUAUGUCAGUUAUAUUUCAGGCUGUAUGAGUGCAUCGGUCCCCUUCGGUCCUUAGAGAGACACUGAAAGGAAAUGUGUCCAUGACACAUUUAACCCUUUGAGGACAUUAGACUCGCUACUGUUCCUGACCAGACCCCAGCCAUGCAUUGAAAACUCUCACAGCCUAAAGACAAAAUAACGUGAAGAUCUUGUAUUAGAGAAAGAGGAGAAAUUCUGAGUGGGUAAAACUUGAUUGCUCUUUCUAAAGAUGUCUGAUGGACAUACUAUGUGUGUAUGUGUGUGACGAGUAAAAAGCACAUGGAGGUUAAGACACCACAAUUGUAUUAAUAAAGAGACAGGUUUAUUAAAAUAUUUUAAUAAUUCAGAUAUGGUUAUUUGGUAAAUGGCUGUUGAAUGUAAUUCGUUAAAUGUUCUGCUGUAUGUUGCAGAGCUUUGUCUUGAUCAAAAUAAAAUUGACAAGGCAAAUCGGUCACCUUAUUGAGUGUUGUUACUCCCCUCCACCAAGAGGCAGCAAACAUCACAACAACACUGGUUUUGUUUUUCAUGUGUUGCCUUUAAAGUUCUCACAUAUAAUUUAAGUACUGGUAUGCAAAGCUACUCUUUUGUCUUUUAUAUUAUAUGGAUUUAAUCAAAGCACAGCAUCUUUAUAAAGGAAAGUUCAGACUUGUACGCUUUUACUGUAAAUGCCGUUUUUUUUUUUUUUUUUUUCAGGGACUUAUCUAAAUUAUUGGACCUGGAACAUUCCUUUAAUGCUGUUGAUUACUGUCACACUGUAAAUACAGUGUGACAGUUUAUAUUUUUAUAGAUGAAGAUGCAGACUGACCCCACGAGGAAAAAAAUUAGAAUUAGUCUGACGCCUUUUUGUUCACUGAUUUCUUGUUCUAAUACUCCCUUAUUUCACUCUAAAGUGGAAAUUGCAAACUAUUUCCUCUCCAUUCCAAUGGAUACAUUUUCUUUAUUUCAAACAAAAAUAUUAACUUUUGAAGAAUUUGUCCUAAUUUAUUGUUUUGCUGAAUUUUUAGAUACAAAACCACACAAGCGGUGGAUGCUGUCACUUAACAGUGCUGAAAAUGUACUCUGUCUGCUAAGGUUUAAGUUUUAGAAGCUUUAAUUUUUUUUAAGUUUGAAAUGAAAUGCUAAACAUAUUUCUGGACACCCACUGUUGUGUGGAAAUUACUAAAUAUUAGCACGCUUUCAAUAAAUUUGUUUGAUAAUGAAUAAGCAAUUUAGAAAUGACCUGGUGCUUCAUUUCAUUUUAUUUCAUGGGGCAUCAUAAAAGGAAACAAGAAAAAUCCUACAAAUAGGUUCAUCACUUUGUGGAAAAUGUGACAUUUACACACACAAUGCAGAGUUGGCACAAAUAAAAACAGAGACAAAAUGGCUUGACUAAUUUUGGUUCCAAAAUGGCAAAUUCAACACCAUUACAACAACAUGAAUCCAUGCUCUUCAUCACAGGUUUAUUAAUUACUGUGAAGCUGUUGGAAAAGCUUCAGAUUUAAGAAAACCAAAGCAAUGGGUGCAAAUGUCUGCCUGAUUGACUUUCUGUGAUGGAGUUAAAAAAUAACUUGAAAUUAUAAAACGAAUACUGUUAACAUUAUAUACUGUAUAUCAGGGUUUAACCUCCUUCGUGGCACUGAGAUUAAUUCUAAAAUACAUUGUGUUAAACUACAGUGUUGUGUAUUACACACGCAAUAAAUAAAGCAAUACAAAAAUAAGACAUAUAUAAAAGGUUCUACAAAUGAAACAUUUGUCAGUGACAAUAAUACUGAUGGUAUUACACAAUAUACACAUGCAUAAACACAAAAAGAAUAAACAUUUCGAAAUACACUGAAAUUAAUAAUACUGCAAGGUCUGCUCAGACACAAUCAACUUAAAACAUUUUUAAUCCUAUGCGCCUCUUCCAAAGUGCUGCUUUCAACGUGCACUUCAGUCAUAUUACAUACGGUCCGUAUUUGCCUUCUGCAUGACUUCGAGAUGCUAGAUUUAGUUUCAUCUAUAGGGCCGUGCACGUUGGAAAUCUUCAUAACAGAGAGAACACUUGCUGAUGAAUAUGAGUUGGAGGUCUUGUGCUCUCCUAUACAAUCUACACAAUCCUGUGGUUCAUACAUUUCAAGUACAUUUUUUUCAUCAUCAUUCAUCAAAUAAUCCUUAACCUGCUUCUAAUUGGUUUGUAUUCAUCACUUGGUUCGGCUAUUUGUUUUAGGUUAUUAUGAUUCCAAACAGAAUAAUAAAAGAAGAGUGAAGCAUAAAAAGCUUGGAUUUCUGAAUGAAAAUGGCUGAAUUUAAAUCUUCUUAUAAAUGGCAUGCCCAUACUCACCUAAUUUAAAUAAAUCUUUUAAAUUUGAUUUGGUCUAGUUUGAUAGGGCUACUUAUGUUG